CCCGCCCCCUCCUCUCCCGCUCGCUGACUGAUCCACAUCCCUCCAACCACCGCGCGAUCUCGCCGCCCGCCGGCCGCCGGGAGCCCUAACACGCGACGCCGCCAUGGCGCACUUCCACCCUACCCAGGGCGACACCAUCCCGCUCCACCCCUCGUCCGCCAAGUCGGACAUGGACGAGAUCGAGAGCCUCAUCAACGCCGCCCCCUCCGCCGCCGCCGUGCUCCCCGCUCGCCCCUCAUCCCCUCCACGCGCGUCCAUCCCCAUCUCCAACUCCCCUUCCGUGCCCCCUCCGGCCAGCUCCAGGCCCCUGCCAGUCCCGCCUUUCUCUCCCUCCGCGCCGCUCCCCUCCGCCUCCGUCACCAUUCCCAUUCCCAUCGCCGCCGACGGGUUCGGCGCCCCGACCAACACGCUCACCGAGCCCGUCUGGGACACCGUCAAGCGCGACCUCUCCCGCAUCGUCAGCAACCUCAAGCUCGUCGUCUUCCCCAACCCAUUCCGCGAGGACCCGGGCAAGGCGCUCCGCGACUGGGACCUCUGGGGCCCCUUCUUCUUCAUCGUCUUCCUCGGCCUCACACUCUCCUGGUCGGCCUCCGUCCGGAAGUCUGAAGUAUUUGCUGUUGCUUUUGCCGUACUGGCUGCCGGUGCUAUAAUUCUCACGCUGAAUGUGCUGCUUCUGGGUGGCCAGAUCAUCUUCUUCCAAAGUCUCAGUCUUCUUGGAUACUGCUUGUUCCCUUUGGAUGUUGGAGCUCUGAUUUGCCUGCUGAACGACAACGACAUACUGAAGAUCGUUGUUGUGGCAGUAACAUUAGCGUGGAGCUCCUGGGCAGCAUAUCCGUUUAUGAGCGCUGCCGUCAAUCCGAGGAGAAAGGCCUUGGCGCUUUAUCCUGUCUUCCUCCUGUAUGUUUCUGUCGGCUUCCUCAUAAUCGCAAUAAACUAAUUAAGGGCUACCACACCGUCAGAAGUCUGGAGAAUUUCCAUUCAAACCAUCAGAGUGCAUACAGUUUUGAUCCGACCGAUUUGUUCUUGUAAUCUUGGCUCACUACUCUGAUGAGUAUUUUUCUUCUUACAUGAUCAAAGAUCAUAUGGCUAUAGAGUUCAAUAGAAAGUUAUACUUGAUGUAGAGGUAGAAUAAAUUUGUAGGCUGCUGAUGGGUUUCUCUAGUUCUACCAUCUCAGCCAUAAUUAUUACUUGGUUAUUUCCAGUAAGGCAAUAUUGUUUUCCACCCAUCAGUGAGAACUCCUGUAUGCCUGGUUAUUAUUACUUGGUCAAGAGUUCUUCCUGGAAA